AUGGCGCUCCCGGACGAGCAGCUCAGCUAUAUCGACCGUGACGAUAUCCACUCUUUUGCCAAAGCCUUGGUAUGGGAUGACGAUGACUUUGUCUCUUCGGGCAAGUACUCCGAUGUCAAGCGAGAGGCUGAAGCGAUAGACGCCCAGGGCCUAGAAGAGAACUCUGUGGCUGUCGGCAACUUGCCGAGAACGAAAACGAAAAGACUGGAUAGUCUCAAGGGUCUGGAGAAACCCACAAUGAUCACCUCGGCGUCGGACUGGUUUCCGAUAACUGGGUCUCAAGAUAAGAAGAAGGACAAGGAAUUGUCCACGAGGGACCGCUUCACCAACGAGUUUCGCCACUCGGCAUCGUACACCUUGCUCCGCUGGCCUGUUCUAGUGUUUAUCAUAGGCUGGGUGUUGGUUCUCUGUGUAUUUUACGCCAUUGUCAGAGGGUACGUCGCAUUGUACGAAUACCUCUUUACGUGGACGGGUCAGCGGAAAGUGCUCAGACAAAAGCUACGGCUGUCAAAAACGUACGAGGAAUGGGUAGAAAACGCCAAAGCAUUGGACCGCUUCUUGGGUCUAGAUGAGUGGUCGUCUCACACAAAGUUCUCGUACUACGACUACAAGACAGUCCAGAAGACCAUCCACAAGAUCCGUGUUUUGCGUAAAAAGAACGAUGUUUCCAACUUAAUGGUCUUUUUGCAGGGAUGCCUCAAGAAGAACUUUGCAGGUAUCGAGAACAAACAGCUCUAUAGCCACCGGUACUACGGCACCAAGGACCUUGUACACGAGUACGUUGACGAGGUGAUCAAGUGUAUCGAUUGCGUUACCAACGCUGGCACGCAGGUCGUGCUGGUGAAAAAGAAGCGUCAAUUCUUCAAGGUGGUGCUGAAAAACUACGGUAAAUCGGCCUUGUGUCUCAGUGGUGGCGCCUGUUUCGCCUACACCCACUUUGGCAUUGUCAAGGCGCUUUUAGACAAUGACGUGCUCCCGCUGAUUAUCUCUGGUACAUCAGGCGGAGGGCUUAUCGCCGCUUUGGCAUGCACUAGAACAGACGAGGAGCUCAAGCAGCUUUUGGUACCUGAGCUUGCGAAGAAAAUAACCGCUUGUGAAGAUCCCUGGUAUGUGUGGGUCCCAAGAUUCAUUCGUACCGGAGCUAGAUUCGACGCCGUCAGUUGGGCCAGUAAGUCUUGCUAUUUUACUAAAGGCUCUCUCACUUUCCAAGAAGCAUAUAAAGCUACUGGGCGUCGUCUUAACAUCUCCACUGUUCCCGCUGAACCUCAUUCACCGGUCAUUCUUUGCAAUUCCAUAACCUCCCCAAUUGUAUAA